CACGCAUCACUUUUCCGUAGUGUAAAUAAUAGACAUCGUUGAUGAAACAGACUCGAAUUAAAUUAAUUUUGAUCUACAUAUAAUUAUAAAAUGAACAAAUUAAAAGAUCAUAGAACCAUUGGAUCAUCAUUCUAUAAAAAUGUAUUUUUGCUCACGCAAAUGCAACCACCGUGCAUCGAAUUUCAAGGACACUUUAGACAGCGUAUGUUUGAUAAACCUAAUGCGGCCGGUUUCCUGCAUGUAUCUCAUUAUCUGUCAAUCAUAUACGACGCUGCACUUUUUAAGCAAAUGGUCAGAUGGCCGAUUUUUUGCAAAAGGGAUGAAGUAACGUAUCGUAUCGAAAUGAAGAACUUUCUCUCCAUUCUAUCGCGUGAUAAUCCCGAUAUUAAUUUUCCACCAAUAUUGAUAUCCCACCUGAUUCAAUCGGGAGGUACCAAGUUUCUUAUUAUUAUGUGGAAAUUAUCACAAGUCGCGCUUAGAACUUAUAUUAAAAGAGAAUUUGAAGGAGAAUUGUGGAAUGCACCUUGUCCAAGUCCAAUAGAUCAUUUAACUACAACAUAUUUUAAUAAUGUAAUUGCUAAAAAACAUAAUAUUAUAAUAGAAACUCAUAAGGAAAUAUACAGAAUUCAUGAUAAUACAACUAUCUUUCUGAACAGCGAGAUUGAAAUAUUAAAUGCGUAUAAAUCGGAGAUUUUUGAUAGAAAAGAAAAUAUAGAAAAGCUAGCUCUUAAUACAUCAGUUCAUCAAUUAAUUCAAAAACGAUUAAAAGAUGUGGAGGAUAAAGAAAUCAUAAAUUUGUGGAAAAGAAAUAUUCUUGAAAAAAUGCAAUACAUAUGUGAAAAAAAUAAAGAAUUAAAUGAAUUGAGAAAAUCUUGCAAUUAUUUGUGUAAACUUGUCCUGAAGAUAAGCACAAAUUCUGAAAUUCUUGAUGCAAAUAACUUGCCCAAAAUUAAUUGCAAUAAUUUCUUAUUACAGCGGACAAUCAACAAUUUAUAUGCGGAUAGCUCCAUCAUUUCAUUCUCUACCUUGCUCACAUUGCUCUAUUUGACAUUUGUACAAAUGUUAUAUCAUAUAAAUUCUGCUGAUUUCUCAGAUUUAUCACCAUGUUUACUAUUUGUUCAAAAUAUUUGCCAAGAAAUAAAAUUUCUACACAUGCUGUUUAUUGCACUGAAUACUAGAAUUAACAGUAUAGUUAGAGAUGAACAACAUGAAUCUCAAGAAAUUGAAAACACUUAUAGCAAUUCUGAUAUAAUCAGCAAAUUAUUAUUAACUGCAAAUUACAAAGUAUUUUUGCAAUCUCCCAAGAUUAAUUUUAACUUCAGUGAACGUGUGGAUGAUGAUUGUUUCCAUGAAAAAUUGUGCUCGUCACUGAAAGAUGGUGUGAUAAAAGGCAAACAUAAGGAUCUAUUUAAAAGGUAUGCAGGAAAACAUCGUCCAUCUCGUGAGUUGUCUGCGGCAUUAUUAGACUUUAGCAAUUCUUGGAACAAUAUGAACGGAUGGUUGUCUCCUCGUGCACACUCCACUAAAUGCAUGCAGGUUUUAAUGAAUGGAAAACCACUGUCUCCCUUGUAUUCUCGAUUGUUACAUCGUUCUAAAUUGAAUCUAAAACGUUCCAGAGAAAACUUAUUGUACAGUUCGAGUGCAAGCUACGAAGGAUUGAAUUUAACACCAAGAAAACAUCGCUCAAAAUCUGGACAAAUAACAAAGAAUAAAUGUGAUGGAAAAGCGAGAGAUCUCUUUAAUUCUGCUGCCAUAUCAUCUUUAUCGUAUGUAUCCUCGAAUUCGGAAAAUUAACAGGAUACAGAUAUUUGAUGAAAUUAAAAUUCACAAUAUUAGUAUGCAAUAUUUUCAGUUACUCUAACUUGAAGAAGAUAAAUGACAAUAAUGUAACUUUUUAAAAGUAUAGACAAUGUUAGUUAUUUGAGAGAACGUUAACGUUAAUUUAUAUAUUUAAAUGUAAUACAUAUGUGUGAUAUAUUA